GAGGGGGAGGGGCCAGCGCCCUGGCGGUGUUGUCACUUCCUGCCAGUGACACCUCAGCAGGCUGCCGGCUUUCCCCCUCCCUCUGUAUGCUAUUCCGUGCCCUGGGCGUCCUGUCCCGCUUCCCUCCUGCACUGUCCGCCCGCUCUCUGCUCAGCUCCGUCAUGAAGCCCCUGGUAGUGUUCGUUCUCGGAGGUCCCGGGGCUGGGAAGGGCACCCAGUGUGAGAAGAUAGUGGAGAAGUAUGGUUAUACCCAUCUGUCAGCUGGCGACCUGCUUCGUGAUGAAAGGAAAAGGCCAGGCUCUCAGUAUGGAGAGCUCAUUGAGACGUACAUAAAAGACGGGAAGAUCGUUCCGGUUGAGAUUACAAUCAGCCUACUGCAAAGGGCAAUGGAGCUGACUAUGGCAGCCAACGUAGACAAGAAUAAAUUUCUCAUCGACGGUUUCCCCAGAAACGAGGACAACCUACAAGGCUGGGACAGGACAAUGACUGAGAAGGCAGAGGUGUCAUUCGUCCUCUUCUUUGAUUGUGAUAAUGAGAUUUGCAUCGGUCGCUGUCUGGAACGAGGGAAGAGCAGCGGAAGAAGUGAUGACAACAGGGAGAGCUUAGAAAAGCGGAUACAGACAUAUCUUCAGUCCACCCGGCCCAUAAUAGACUUGUAUGAGAAAAAGGGAAAAGUACGGAAAGUUGAUGCUUCCCAUUCUGUAGAUCAGGUUUUCCUCAAAGUCCAGGAAAUCUUUGACCGGGAAGGAUGACGGCGGGGUUCAUCAUCGGAGAUGCGUUCUAAGUCCUAUGUAGAUAAAGUGUCUCCUGUGCAUACUUCAUAUUUACUUUUUUUUUUUCUAUUCUUUAUUUUAUAAUCGAAGCACUGUAAAUCAGGGUUUUAAAUGUAUUGUUAUAUCUACGUCACUUCUGUCUACUUGUUUCAGCCUGCAGGUUUCUAUCUGUUAUUCCUGACCUAUGAAUAAGCCCCUUGCUAUGUUGCCCUUUCCGAUGCAUAGCAGAGCUUUGGUAGUAAUGGGGUUUUAAUCUACAAAUACAACAAAACCUUGUCUAUUUAUUACUUUUGCAAAACAGACCAAAUGCUUUUUACAUAAAGCCAUGGGAUGCUGUUCUCUCCCAUUCACGAUGACGGGGAGUAUUGCGUGUGCAGAGAAGUGAAAGUUCUACGGCGUGGCUACACACAGUGUCAGCAGCGUUUUUGUGGCCUGAUUGGAUGUAUGAGAGAACCCAGCCGGUUCAGCAGCAGCGACCUCACCGAGCCCGUUCACUGGCUUCGUGACGUCGCUAGUCGCUGGGCUGCAUCUUUAUGAAGUGGUUAGUAAUUUAUGGGUCAUUUGGUAGACUAUCUGGUUAUCACUGGGUCAGGCUCCAAUGUCUACCCCUAUUGCAUAGAGACAUUAGCUACACUUUUAACUUGGUUGUGCAGUUUCAAAUGUUUACAUUGUCAUGACCACCGUAUCGGAACCUCCUGCCGCCUAUCCCAGUUUAUGUACCGGUGUAAGUGUCACGUCUUCUACUGAAGUGUAAAGGCUUUUUCCGUUAGGCCUUCUAUAGCAAUGUGUACAAUGCACACAGUUUUUAAAUACAUUUACUGUAACUUACUUCCAUGGGCUCAGCACAGAAUGUAGAAGCACUUAAUAGCACAUAGAAACCAUUGGCUCUCAGAGAUAUCUUCCUGUUCUUCGAUCCCAACAGCAGCUCAGGCAUUGUCAGAUGGACAAUUUAAUGAAGCCCGUCUGAUAAUGCCUGCUUCACAUAAGGAAAGUGAAUGUGUAACAUGGAACUGCCGUCUUCCCCGACUCCACAUAGUGAUUGUACUAUGCAAAUGCUGCAAACAUAGCAACGUUAGAAUGCAGUGCCUUUCUGGUCAGAAAAUGUUGGCUGUAUGUCUGAGCCCUGAUCCCUCUAUUCUAUGUACAGGUACACCAUCAAUAAUCCGUCUCCUUCAGUUCCAGGCCCCCCUCACCCCCCGCCUAACUAAGCCUCCCUCAGCCAAUCUAAACCCUCCCACAUUCUAACUCACACUCGCAGCCUAACUUGCACCGGCACCUGAUGUGUCCGGAUUAAAGAGGUGCCGGAUAAUCGGUGGUGUACCUGUAUUCCGAUCCACGAUAAAAAAACCACAGAUAUGAGGACAUCCUUGAUCGGUAAUCCGUCAGGGAAUCUGCAAAUACAUGUUAACAUCUCCAACUCGACGAUUAUUUUUUUGGGGUGGAAUCAGCGGAUUGAGAACUUUCAAUAUGUUUGAGUUCCCUGAUUCCCCGACAGACAUCGGCAUAACGUAGAAUUACCCCGACAACUGCUUAAAGUAUGUGUCCCAUACAGAGGUGUUUGAGAACAACCUCAGUGCUCUUAAGCUUUCACCCCUUUUUUUCCAAAAUAAAUGAUGCUGGUCCAUCAACUGGAUAUUUAAAGGACCACUAAACCUAAAAGACAAGUUGAUUUUAUAGAAGAGAUAUUAAUGAGAUGUGCUAUUUUAAAUAAGAUAUAACAAUGUUUUCAGAUACAGGCAUACAGAGGAGGCAUUGGGUUCUAUUGUCACUACACUUCUUUAUUCACAAGGGCAGGCUGUGUUGGUACUGUAAGGUCAUGCUGCCGUGUCAUGUCUUAUUUGUCAAUGUAUGAAAUCGGCUCCAGUUCAUUUUUUAUUUUUAGUUUAGAAUUGUUCUCUUUAAACUUUGGUGCUAUCAUUAGAAAAUUGCACAUGUUGGAAGCACAGGAUUUCACAAGAAUAAUUGGAAGAGUUUAAGUGGUUGAGUUGCUGACGCACCGUUAGGGCGGCCACUUUGUGUCUCCAGCCUCCGUCGUAUCGCUAGUUCCUAGUGUGUAGGUGACACAUCCACUUUACUGGCCAAUCAUUUUAGAAUUACAAACACCUAUGUUGACCUAUAGUAAUUCCUGAGGGCCGGGGGUGGUUAGAGCUGGAUCUUUUUGACCUCAGUUUGCAAAGUCACUGUCCUUAUUUUGCAUGUGUUUUUGUCUAAUUUAUUUAUGGACAAGUCUUUGGGUGAUUCAUUUCCUUUGAUCAGUUGAUGCACAGGUUCUCAAACUCGGUCCUCAGGACCCCACACAGUACAUGUUUUGUAGGUAACUCAGCAGGUGCACAGCUGAAUUAAUUACUCACAGGCACAUUUUAAAAGGUCCACAGCUGGAGUUAAUUAUUUCAAUUGUGAUUCUGUGAGGAGACCUGCAAAACAUGCAUUGUGCGGGGUCCUGAGGACCGAGUUUGAGAACCUAUGAGUUAAUGCGAUCAAUACAUGUUUUUUUUUAGCUGGAUUUCUGUGUAAAAUUAUGUUAUGUUACAUAAAAUAAAGUGGAGAGAAAAUUUGAAAGAAAAAAAUGAAUUGGCGAACAGUUUGUUUCAAACUGGUUUGAAUUUUGCUUUUAAUGUACCGAGGCACGAGGCCCAAAAGUUAGCAUGCCUCUGUGAUGUCACUUAAGGCCAAUACACAAUGGGCGAUUUUGAGCUCAAAGUAGCUCACUUUUGGCGUUUUGAGUUACUUUGAGCUCAAAAUCGCCUAGUGUGUAUGGCUGGGUAAUGAACGGUGAGUGCUGAUGCGCGCUCCCGCAUCAUCACCAGCCUCCGCCGUCCUGUUUUACCGGCCAAGUGAACCACUUUCCACAAUCUCCUACUGUUGAAAGUGGUUUACCCCCGCGAAAAUCGCUGGGCCAGGUGAAAAUCGCUCAGUGUGUAUGCACUGCACGAUUUUCCGUCCAGCGAUUUUCACAUCAUCUCUCUGCUUACACGCUGGGCAUAAACGUCCAGUGUGUAUGCACCUUAAUAUGAAUUUAUAGUCUUACUAUUGCUUCAGGCUAAAAAAAAAAUAGUUGCCUGGUCAUUUAGCCAAUGUGUACUCAUUAAAAUCUUCAUCAUGGAUGUUUUAUCAACAUCGGUAUUUAUGAUGUGAGCUGGUCCCAUAUCUGUAAGUGAGGAACCAAACUUCUCGCGGGCACAAUAUCUGCAGUCCAGGCAACCAUUGUUGUAUCUAGUCAUAACUAUCAAUGUACCUAGGAGAGUAACAUGGCAUAUCUGCUUCAAGCUAAUGCUUAUCAUAUAUCUGUCUCCUAGUCCUGGGUCCUUUACUAUUCUACCAUGUAUCCGGUUUUGUUGUUCAUUUAAUUGGGUUUUUGACUAAGCAGGACGAUUUUGGCUGAUUUCACAUGUACAUGCAAUGCAAAGCCUGCUGCAAGAAGAAUUACUCCUCCCUCCCACUAGUACACUGGAGGGGGAUAGAUAUGAGACACUUUCUAUUGGCUGAUUAUAUCAAGCAGCAGUCUGUCCCUCACCUGAUAGGUCCCCAGCUUCAUCACUGCUCUGGUAGGGUAGAUAAGGGAGGUGGGGUGAAACGAAGCCAUGGAACAGGAUUGGCUGCAAUUAGCAAACUGUUUAAUGUGAUAAUUGAUCUGGCCAAUUAUCACAUUAAACAGCCUAAUCCACAGUGCCUGGGAGACGGGGAGCAAAUGGCAAAAGGAUUUUUUUUUUUCCCAUUGUACUAUCUCACUUUUUUUGGGCUGGUUAAUUCAAAUAGGGGCGAGUUGGCAUUGCAAGGACAUAAAAAAUCCCAUCUACGUCCUUGCCAUUGCAAGGACGUAGAUGGGACUGCAAACAAAAAUCCACAAGUCUGGUACUAUAAGCGUGGCACGUGGUCGCAGUUAUUUGCGGACGAGACAUGUUCGCGCCAAACUUGAAUUUAGCAGAUGUUGUUAUUCUUUCCAUCCUGCUAUGUAAAUGUAGCUCCGACUUUUCUCCUGAAGUGAUUAUAUAGAAAAUGGUAAGUUAGGGUGACGCGUGGCUGUGAACAGCCGUCUGAUAAACAAAAAAAACAAAAACAAAAAUUGGAGAGAGAAUUUGAAAGAAAAAAAUGAAUUGGCGAACACUUUGUUUCAAACUGGUUUGAAUUUUGGUUUUAACGUACCGAGGCACGAGGCCCAAAAGUUAGCAUGCCUCUGUGAUGUCACUUAAGGCCAAUACACACUGGGCGAUUUUGAGCUCAAAGUAGCUCACUUUUGGCGUUUUGAGUUACUUUGAGCUCAAAAUCGCCUAGUGUGCAUGGCGUGUGUGUGUGUGUAUAUAUAUAUAUAUAUAUAUAUAUAUAUAUAUAUAGCCAUGCUUGUUGAAAACACACACACAUUUAAAGGGAACAUAUAAUUUAGAUAAUUUCUACUGAUGUCUGUUUAUACCGUGUACUACUCUUGUCUCCUGUAAACGUAAUAAUGUUUUAGGAGCUUAUUUGUGUAAAUCUUUUUGUACAUUCGCCAUCAGAUAUGUAGACCUGUGUAAUAUUCAGGGGAACAUGUUUUCUGUUGCGUUACCUACGCAGAGGUCUCUGAUAGAGCUUGCUCUAAAUACUAAGGCGUGCAAAGAUAAAUUAAUUCCGCUCCGCACACAUUUGGCUUCUCAAACCAUCUAUACACAAUGGUUGAAGGUAAAGCUCCACUUUUCUACACUUGUAUGGCAGUAAUAACUACUUUAAGGACAGAAUGCAGGUUCCAGUUUGUUGGAAAACAGCACUGCCAUGCCUGAUAGGAUGAGUGGGGAAACUGGUUGGCUAAAAUACAACCUUGCUGUUUAAAAAAUAAAAAUUACAGUGAAUGAUUUAUUGGGGAGUUGUAUCAUGUGCAAGGAACAGCAGAAAAGGUUUUAUAAUCCACAGCAACCAGAUAUUUAAAUGUAUUAAUAUUUAAAUAAAAGCAAUCAUUUUGUUAACAUGGGAUACAUAUCUAUUUUUAUACCAUACUUUUGGACUAUAAGUCUCCUCCAUUAUCUUUACAGCUAUGUAGGACUAGAAGGUGAAAACCUACUUUUAUUGAUUGAGUUGUAUUAAUUAUUGGGGGUUAUCGAUAUUUGCCCAAUCUCCAUACAUGUUUAUUGGUGGUUGUAGAGAGUAUUUCUGUCAAUUCUUUCAAUAAGAAAAAUAAAAUGUUAAAUUGUU